GCCACUCUUUGCUCUUUCCAUCCCUUCAGCAGUUUUCAAUCUGCGCUGCUGACUACACAUACUAAUAGUACUGACGCGACCUACCACGCGACAAACUACUGUGAAUUCAGGCGCAAAAAACAUCGAAGCCUCUGCAUUGAUCAGUAUACACGCGAAGAAUUAGCACCGCGCGCGAUCGUCUAUGAAAGUGUACAGCGCGCGAGCCGCACACAGGGGUGCAGAUGUAAGGGAAUAUACCUGCAGACAACAGCUGCCACACUGAUGACAGAGCAAGGGGGAAGUCAGUUAACCAGCUAACCACCCAAAGCUAUACUCCGACUGUCAGGCAGGUAAAUGAUCGUCGAUUUGGACGGUUCAACCACAACGUGCGACUCAAGCUUCUGAACGGAGCCGUCCGCUACAGAAAGUGUUUCGCAGAUUGCACAAAUAUGAGGAGGGUGACAGUGCGCUGUGUUGCCCGGCUCUUCCUCGCGGCGUUGUGGCUGCUGGUGGAAGAGUGUCGGGCUGAGAGCGGGGCCCCGAGUCUGGCUGACAGAGUCAUCUGGGCUGUGAACUCCGGCGGGGACGCGCACACAGACGUGCACGGCAUUCAUUAUAAAAAAGAUCCACUGGAAGGAAAAGUGGGGAAAGCAUCAGACUAUGGUGUUCGGUUGCCUAUACUGCGCUCCAGUCCAGAGGAUCAGAUUCUCUACCAGACAGAACGCUACAAUGAGGAUACAUUUGGAUAUGAAGUGCCCAUCAGGGAAGAGGGAGACUACAUACUGGUCAUGAAAUAUGCUGAGGUUUACUUCGCUCAGUCUCAACAAAAGGUUUUUGAUGUGCGUUUGAAUGGCCAUGUUGUGGUGAAAGAUCUGGAUAUCUUUGACCGUGUUGGUCACAGCACAGCUCAUGAUGAAAUUGUGCCAUUCUCGAUAAAAAGAGGAAAACUGAGCGUGCAUGGGGAAGUUUCCACUUUUAAUGGGAAACUCAUGGUAGAGUUUGUAAAGGGUUACUAUGACAACCCCAAGGUUUGUGCACUGUAUGUGAUGAAGGGCAAGCUAGAAGAUGUGCCAAAACUACAGCCACAUCCUGGGCUGGAGAAGAGAGAGGAAGAGGAGGAGGAAGAAGAUGAAGGGGAAGGGGGAGAGGGCGAAAAAAAGAGUGCCUCCACCGCUCCCAAGAAUCUUGUUCGGUCUGGUCCACGCACCCCCAACCCAUAUGCUGCUGAUAACAGCAGCCUGAUGUUCCCUAUACUAGUGGCGUUUGGGGUCUUCAUCCCCACCCUCUUCUGCCUCUGCCGCCUGUAAUGGGGAAGCGAGUGAACGAGUGGGGGAGAGGAGAAGCGAUGGACAUCAGGCUGUGGAUGGGUGGGGGGAGGGACAUACAGCCGCAGGUACAGGAAGGAAUACAGACUGAAGUUACAACAGACAGAAAGAUAAAAGACGAGCAAGGGACUCAGCAUGCAGAAAUGUGGAGGUUUGAGAGAUUUCUGGUCAUUAAAAGAGGUGACCCAGAAAAUAAGAGAAUUUAGAGUGCAAGAUCAUUUGUGCGUGUGUAUGUGUUUGUGUUUGUACACAAUUAAUAUCAAUUUUAGUUUGAGGAGUUCCAAGAGGUAUUGAAUAAAGGCACACACACACACGAGGCAGGACUAACCACUUUGCUAACCUGGUUUGUCUGGUCUAGCAAGAGAUAAGAGGAAGAGUUUGGGACACUCCCAGAUCACCUGUCCUAAUUCAUAGGAAAUUAUUUGCAAGGAGUAGCUUUGAUCUGCUGGUCAUUGGCCUCCAGUGGGAGGCAGAAAUGGUACAAGAAACUUCUGAAGCCGUUAUUGACACUGGUCAUUUGGUAAUGCAUCUAACCCUCAGUGGCAGGUAAUAAACAAGAGUUGGGAUUUAUUUAGGUUUAUUAAGACCCUUUUUAUUUUCUUAUAAAAGCUUUCUGUGUCUCCAGCUUCUUAAUCAUUAUCUUUGAUUUAAAGAAUCACGUAGAUUGAAAUCCAAUGUCAUUCAUCAAGAAUUAUAUUCAAAUUUGUCUGGGGACCUCAUUCCCAAUUCUUCCAAGUACAAAUUUGCAGUGCAUAGCAACAUUUUAUUCUCCUGCUGCCCAUGAGUGAGUGUAAAUUAUUCUUUUUCCCCAUUUACUUGGACAGUUUGGUCUCAUAAUUAAUGCAUUAAAUAAUACAUGCAAUUUUCUGAUGAGGUUUGGCACAAUUGUUCCUCCUUAUUUAGGAACAGAAAGAGGCUCUGUUAUAAACUGGCCUUUUGGGCCUUGACAUUAAGAUUGUGUUGGACCGAAGUGCUAUUUGAAGUUUUAAAUGCCCUUCUCUCUUAUUGGUACAUGAUGUGUCUUGAACAGCCUUUAAUUGGUAAAUGAGCAUAGUCGUGCAUAAUUUAAUAUUCCGGGUUCAAUACAAGUUAAGCUCAACUGACAGCAUUUGUGGCAUAAUACUGAUUACCACAAAAGUAAAUUUAAACUCGUCCCUCCUUUUCUUAAAAAAAAAAAAAAAGAAAAAUCUGGGUUCCAGUGAGGCACUUACAAUAAAAGCGAAUGGGUCCAAUCUGUAAACGUUAAAAUACUUUUUUUAAAGUAUAGACACAAGACCUAAACUACAUGCUUAAAUCACGUUAACACGCGUAAUAAAAUGGUUUACUAACCAUUUCUGUGUAAAGUUUAAGCUAAUUUUACAACUUUGUUGCCAUGACUACGUAACGCUGUCAACACUGAAAAUCUGAAAUGACCAUAAAAAUUAAGGUUUAAACAACUUUACAGCCCAAAUAAUACACCAGUUUUAGCAGAAGAAUUAAUGUAAGUGCUUUUAUAAAAUUAAAAUCUUCAUAUUUCUGCCUUUUUAAACCCUCCAAAAAUUGGCCCCAUUCACUUUCAUAGGAAGUGCCUCACUGUAACCUCUUUUUUUUUUUUUUUUUAGAAAUGGAGGGACGAGUCUAAAUAAUUGUUUUGCAGUUAUCAACAUUAUGCCUAAAAUGCUGUCGAUUGAGCUUAACUUGAAAUGAACCCGGGAUAUUCCUUUGUUUAACAUUGCAUGGCUUGGCCACUAGUUGUUUUGUCAUUACCAUGUUUUCUUUCUCAAUGAUGCCACCAUCACUGAGUUUUCCUCUCGGCAUGACCACACAGGUCCUUUUUAACAACACCACCAAAGAUACUUUUUGAUUUAUGUGUGUUUCACAUAAUACCACCUACAUGCUUUUGGUAGAAGAAUGAUUGGUGUUUACUGAUAAUGCUAUGAUUGAGAAAUGCUGUCUGCAAUCAAUAGUGUCCCAUGAUGCAUAGUUCAACAGAUACAUGCCAUACACUGUGAAGUAUGGAUGCAGAUGUGAAGCAUGAAUUUUUUAGUCAAGGUGGCUGAACUUCUCUGCUGUCAUUUAAGCUUGCACUAUGUACGCAUGUUAAAUGGCAGCCUAAAGUGAACUUUCACCAAAUCUGGGAACAUUUCCAUUCCACCUCAUCUGGUAUACUCCAGUUAUGUCUUGCUAUUUGUAUUGUCUCUUUUUGUCUUUAUGAUCAUGGCUGUAUGUAGUUUGUCACCCAUGUAUUUCUUGACAGCAGUUUUGUUCAUUGUUUUUUUUUUCCUUUCAUUUUGGUUAUAACAGCCUGUCCUAAAAAGUGAUUAGUGUGCUAUCAAGAGACCACAUUUUACACUGCUGAAACCAGCGAACUCUUUCAAUAAUGACCACAAUCACGCCACUGUACUGUCUGAUUUUGUCCCAGUGCUUGACCCUUUCUCGUGUGUGAACUUGUUAAAAAAAAAAGGAAAAAAAAAACUGAUCUUGGCCUUCACCUUCUCAAUCGAUGGGAGGGUCAGCGUUUUGCCUUUUUAUUUUGAUUGUUUAAAACAGAAAAUAAUCACGAUAACAUUUGUAGCGCCUUUUUCGUUUAUUAGAGCGUUGCAGAAAUUCGAUUGCUGAUUGUCGCCAAAGUCAUGAUUUGGUUUUUUCUUCGAAUUAACUUUUACACGGUGGAUGUGUAUAUAAGGUACUUUGGUCACAUUUGUUGUGCCAUUCUCUUCAGAAUAUUGUUGUUCCAUUUUUAUUUUGCUGUUUGUGUUAUUGCUAUAGCUAUUGGGGUGUCUGGGUUUUUAAAUCGCUUGUUAGAGUUUGGAGGAGUGGCCUUGAGAAUUGUUCUUAAAUUGUUCUGGUUGUGGAAUUGGUCUUUAUAAUGACAGUGAUUUGGUUUGCAGAUACAUAGACACACUGACUGAUUGUCAGAAAGCACUUGAAUCAUAUUGAAGUUGCUUUUCGGUUGGGUUUCUUUUUAUGUUCUAUAAUUUAAGCAAAAGGAUUUGGGUUGGAUGUUAAAAUAUGGAUAACUUGUUGGUAGUUGCUUUUUAUUUCCUCAGGAUCUCUGGAUUUACUUUUAUGUGAUGACUGUUUUACUAGUUUGAAUUAUUGCACUGCCUGCUGUUGUUUUAAAAAGUAUUUUUGGUUUGUUUGUCUUAAUUUUCUUUAUUUUCUGUUUUUCAUUAUGUACUUUUCCCCAUUGCCUUAAAUUUGAAUACAUCCUCAUGUGCUUUAACAUUAUGUGCUCUUUAAUCUUAUUUCCAUGUUAUUAGUUGAUUUGUUGCAUGGUGGUUCAGUUUUUCAUGGACUAUUACAAAAGACCACAUUGAGGCUCUUCGUUGUGCCCUCUUUCAUGAAGAGCUCAUCAUGAGUAUUUCUCCACACAAACUGCAGAGUUGAGGAGGGAUUUAGUUCUCUGAUAAUGCAUAGACUUGUCUCUUGUUGAAGUACCUGUACCCCUUUAACACUCCUCCCUGUGAUCUGAACAGAACCUGGAAACUGGUGAUAUAAUAGCAGAACGGUUACCCCCAUUGUCCUAGAGAGGCUUCUGAACUGGGAACUGCAAAUUAAUGCUGUUUCUUUUUAAUAAAUGUGCUAUUUUAUCUAA